AUGUCUGAAAAACAGAGCCUGCCAUCGCCAUUAGAGCCAGAAUGGCAAGGACAAUAUGCUUAUUCUCGUCUCGAGACCAACCCUUAUCAACGCCCAUCUUUGGACACGAGAAAUAACCUGGACAGGCAUAGGACCGAGUCAACAACGUCUAUGAGGCACCAAUACCAAAGCCAGGACUUAAAAAUAGAAAGUAUUGCUCACGAAGCAGUGAGAAGCUUAGGAACUUCAAACCCACAGCUGGGCAGACCGACAUCCUCUUUUUAUGGCACCACAAGUACCUGUUCAAAGCCAUCCGGCACCAUCAACCGAGACAGCUUGGGAGCAGACAUAUCUCCUUACCCCCGACUGACGGAAGCAAGCAACUUCUACAGAUCUCAAGGAGACCAGACUCCUGGAGCUGAGUUGACCAAAUUUGACAGAGAAGAUAAAGAGCGAUGCUCAAGCCAGGACACCGAAUUCGACGUGUACAAUGACGAUGCCGAUGACUCUGAUCGAGUUUCGCAUUUCUACCACCAAACAGAGGCGGAGCGUAUUACGGCAUGUCGCAAAAUGAAACGAUUCAGGCUCACGCAUCAACAAACCAGAUUUUUGAUGAGCGAGUUUACGAAACAACCCCAUCCUGAUGCCACCCUUAGGGAACGACUGUCUCGGGAGAUUCCUGGGCUAAGCCCUCGACAAGUCCAAGUCUGGUUUCAAAACAGACGCGCCAAAAUGAAGAGAGUCACAAUUGAUGAACGCGACAGAAUGGUUCGGACGCGGGCAGUUCCAGACAACUUUAACAACUUACAAGCCAUACAUUCAUCUUAUGGUGCCUUGCAUGGCAUUGGAGCAUCUGUGUCGCCACCGAACCUGGGACUGAUGGGUCACCCGUACGGGAGUCACGAGGCAAGACCGCUGAUGUUGGGUUUACGAAGCUCCGCGGUAGAAUCGAAUGUGUCGCCCAAUGGACUUUCGCAAUCUAUCUCAGUGGUAUUAACAUAG